UUCUGUGUGUGAUGGAGGUAGGCAGGAAGUUGUUCUCAAUGAGUGACCCGCAGACGCAGAUUCAGCUGCAGACAGACCUGGCAGCCCUGCAGGAGGACUGGGAGCAGUGCCAGUGCAUGCUGGGAAAGAGAAAGACUCUCACAUCUGACAUCAUAAAGACCUGUGAGACCAGGCUAGCUGAUCAGGCCCAGUGCCUGGAGGAGGUACGAGCCAGACUGAAGCAGUCGAUCCCAGAUCAGCAGGGGGAGAUGGAAGACGAACGCCUCCUUGUGAAGGAGGUUCAGGAUUGUUUAGAGGACUGGGCCGUCAGUCUUUCUGAGCUCAGCACCAUGAAGAUGGACCUGUCCCAGUACAUCCUCACCGAUGACGUCCUCCUCCUGCAGGAGCAAGUGGACCAUCUGCACUGCCAGUGGGAAGAGCUCUGCCUCAAAGUGUCUCUGCGUAAGCAGGAGAUUGCUGACCGGCUGAAUGCCUGGAUAAUUUUUAAUGAGAAGAAUCGGGAGCUGUGUGAAUGGCUGACACAGAUGGAAAACAAGGUGGCACACAGCGCUGAGCUGAGCAUCGAGGAGAUGGUGGAGAAACUCAAGAAGGACUGCAUGGAGGAGAUCAACCUCUUUAGUGAGAAUAAGACCCAUCUGAAACAGCUGGGAGAACAACUCAUCACUGCUAGCAACAAGACCAAAGAGACAGAAAUCAAUGACAAGAUUAAGGACAUCAACAACCGCUGGCAGCAUCUGUUUAAUCACAUUGAGGCCAGGGUGAGGAAGCUGAAGGAGACACUCGUGACAGUGCAGCAGCUGGAUAAGAACAUGAUUAAUCUCCGUACCUGGCUUUCCGGCGUCGAGGGUGAGCUGGCCAAACCCAUCAUCUAUAGAAUCUGCCACAGUGAUGAGAUACAGCGCAAACUAGCAGAGCAUCAGGACUUGCAGAGAGACAUCGAACAGCACACAGAGGGUGUGGCAUCUGUUCUAACGCUGUGUGAUGUUUUGCUGCAUGAUGCGGACGCUUGUGGCAGCGAUGGAGAGGAUGACUCCAUUCAGCAGACAACUCUCAGCCUGGACCGCCGCUGGAGGAACAUAUGUGCCAUGUCUAUGGAGAGGAGAAUGAGGAUUGAGGAGACAUGGCGUCUGUGGUGCAAGAUCCUGGAUGACUAUUCACGCUUUGAAGAGUGGCUGAGCAUGGCAGAAUGUACAGCAGCCAACCCUGCCAACAAAGAUGUACCUUACACGUGUGCUAAAGAGGAACUCAAAAAGUUUGAGGCGUUCCAGCGCCAGGUUCAUGAGCGCCUGACACAGCUGGAACUGGUGAACAAACAAUACCGACGUCUGGCACAAGCGAACCGGACAGAUGGUGCCAGUAAGCUCAAGCUGAUGGUGCAUGAGGGAAACCAACGCUGGGAUAUGCUACAGAAGAGAGUGGCCGCUGUUCUCCGCAGGUUAAAGCACUUCACAUCCCAGCGUGAAGACUUUGAAGGAACAAGAGAGGGGAUUCUGGUCUGGCUGACUGAAAUGGACCUUCAGCUCACAAAUGUGGAGCAUUUUUCAGAAAGCGAUAUCCAUGAAAAGAUGCGUCAACUAAACGCAUUUCAGCAGGAGAUCACUCUUAACACCAAUAAGAUUGAUGCUCUGAUCGUAUUUGGUGAGAACCUGAUCCAGAAGAGUGCUCCACUGGACGCUGUACUCAUCGAAGAUGAACUAGAGGAGCUGCACUCAUACUGCCAGGAAGUGUUUGGCAGAGUCGCCCGAUUCCACCACCGUCUUAUCAGCAGACGCCCGGUGCUUGAGGAGGACCGAGAGUUCUCAGACACAGAUCCGGAGGACUCGGCUGACUUCAGUGGGGUGUGGGAGAGAGAAAGGGAGGAGGAAGAGGAGGCUGCUCUGAGCUCUGAUGUUCCUCUGACAGUACGUCAGGCCGUAUCCCAGCUGUUACCACCUGCUCUGGAGCGCUCCGGGCGUGAGACGCCUGUCAGUGUGGAUUCAAUCCCACUGGAGUGGGACCACACAGUCGAUGUGGGAGGAUCUUCAUCUCCAGAGGAUGAUGAGGAGUUGACGUUCUACAGUGCCCUAUCAGAUGUAGAAGUCACUGAGAGCUCUCAGUUAUUUUUUAAAGCUACAUCUAAAGCUCUGAAGGCUGUGUCCGGAGGAAGGUCAGUGGUGGAGACAUGGCACUCUUCUGAUGCCCCAGACAGGAAGCGAGCGAACAGAGAGAUUAUAAGCAGUCUCACAUCCUCACCCUUUGACAACAGUGCUCAGUAUCACCCACAGGCCUAUGAUAAACUCAUGUCUGAAUGUGCUGACAGUAUAGACAGUAUAAAGCGAGUGAAACUGAUUCUGAGCGAGGAAGAACAACUGGAUGAUCAGGGUUUGACGGUCCUCUCCAUCGCAGAAAAGACGGGUGUGAUUGAGCAAUGGGAGCUCCUGCAGGUACUGUCGUGCAGCGUGCCGCAGGAUCUUCAGCAGUGGCACAAACUCAACUCUGACCUCUCUGAUGUCAUGGCGUGGCUGAACGCUGUGAUGCCUGAGCUAGACAAACUUCAAACUCUACAGCCAAAAAUCACCAUCAGAGACAUGGAGAACAGUAUCCACAAACUAAAGGACAUGCAGAGGACUUUUAACGGCAACAAAUCAGUGAUGAUUGGUGUUAAUCUCAGUGGGCGGGGUUUCCAGCACGGAGACAGCACUGAACUACGAGAACUGCGUGAGAAUCUGCAGUCAGCCAAUCAGAAAUGGGCUCAGGCCUGUGUGGCCCUGGACAGCUGGGAACACCGACUGCAUCAAGCACUCAUGGAGUGUCAGGAGUUUCAUGAGACUCUUCACUCUCUGCUGCUGUGGUUAGCCAAAGCAGAGAGCCAGCGCUACAUGGUCAACAUCCAUGACCAACACACAGACCUCAACAUCCUGCAAGAGCAUCAAGACUCACUUAAGGCUGUUCAGCAGGACUUACAAUCUCGUGAGAGAGAGGUGUUCUGCCUGCAGGAGAUCUCCUCACAGAUCCUGCUACAGGACCACGGAGAAGACACCCUGGAGGCCAAAGAGAAGGUUCACGUCAUCAGCAACAAGUUACGACUGCUGAUCAGACAAAUUGCGCACGACCUGGACACACUGCAAAGCAGAUUGGACUCUUCAGGUCCGAAUGUGAGCAGGACAGCACCAACACAACACCAGGAAGCUGCAGGAGGUCACGCUGUUACACAGGGUAGUGUCAGGUACACGCUGUCCUAUACGGCUGGCAAGUCUAAUUCGUCCCCAGUGAGACUGUUCCUAUAUCGUGUCCUACGAGCAGCUUUCCCCCUCCACAUCCUCUUCCUGCUGCUGCUGGUUGUGGCGUGUCUGGUGCCUCUCUCAGAAGAUGACUACAGCUGCACUCUCUCCAACAACUUUGCCCGAUCCUUUUACCCCAUGCUCCUCUAUAUCAACGGACCUCCACCCACAUGAAAAUGAACACACGUACCCUUGACUAACACACGGCUACAGCUAAAUCAGUAGAGGAAAUGGGAUGUAGUCCAAGCCUCCUGGUUAACUCUCCUGUAGCAGAUCCUGUAGCUGUUUAACCUGACUGAAAGCCCUUGUGUUUGAGAUUUCUAAAGAUUUUCCUGCAACAAUCAAAUCUUGUUUCUGGAUCUGAAGUCUGUUACAGAGGUUCGAACCUUAUCUUCAGAAACAACAGAAUGACAAGGGUUCCUCAUCAAAGGUGCACUAGUUUUAUGGUUAACUGUAUAGUAUGUAGCAGCACAUCCAUUGAAACGUUGAAAUACUCCACACAAAUGUAUUUAUUUUUUAAAUAUGAACAUUACUGAAUCUAUAGCUCACUCAUAGGCUUUGAGUCAGCCUGUAUUUUUUAACUUGAAGCCCGGUUUAUACAGUAUGUCUGAGUGAUGGGGCUUGCUUAAAUAUCAGUUAUGUUCACACAGUCUUAUUUCUAGCUGUCAAAGUAAAAUUACUUGCAAUGAGGAAUAUAUUUUAAUUGUAGCUCUCUUAGCUGCCAUUUCUUGGUCAAAGCCAUGGAGGAGAGACAGAGAGGCAUCAGGGUGUGUGCAAAUGGAAGUGUUUUGUUUAAUUUAUUCAGCCUAAAGUUUGAUGGCUGUGUUGUUUUUGUGUGUGUGAAUAUUGUUAAACUACUGAAAUGAUUUAAUUAUGAUUGGUAAAUGAUCUCAGUGGAGAUAUAAAUUAUAUCUGAUUAUGUUUUAUAGAUUAUAGCUAGAUUUUUUCUGGCAGGAAAGUCUAUUGUACAGUUGCGUUUUUUUCUGAAUGGUUAAAGCGUCCCAUAGAAACACAUUUCAAAAUUGUCCACAUGACAGUAUGUGGCUUUUUUUUACCUAGUGAAAGUCAGUUGUGAUGUUGAUAUUGUAAGAAGCCAUUAGUCACUCUUUCACUCAUACUAACUGCCAAAGUGUCAAAGUGUUUUAUAAUUCAUUACGGUUACUAAAAGAGUGCUGUUCAUCCUGUUUUUUUUUGUUUUUUUUUUACAAUUUGAAUUAAAUUGUAAUAGUAUGGAUUACAUUAUGGGUUA